UUCACCUCGGGACUGUGUUGCAGCCAGCGGGUGGAAAGAAAGCUCCCCCCUUUUUAGUCGAUCCUGUGUGUCUUGCUAUGCAGAUAGCCCCAUGGUGCGCUCAUCCGUUUAUUUUAACAUGUUCGAUAUCCGAGGACAACCUCUUUUACCAUAUCCCGAUGGAGUUUGCUAUCUACAGUUUUACUACUGGCAGUAGUAUUUUCUCACUACGAGGACGAUAUUUCGCAGUUUAUUUCUAAAUUUGACUAAGCUUUGUGGUUUACAUCUACCAGCCUACAGUGACAGACGGCUUGCGGUAGGCUACUCGGAUGGGAGGGUAGACUAAUCACGGAUAACCUGCCUCUUCAAUUCUCUUCGGAUGAGAGGAGUUUGGUUUGAAAGGUAGAGUGCAACAAAAAGUAGAAGCCAUGAGGCAGCCGGUUUGAAGUGUAUCUCACAUUCAAAGUUGGUGGGCCCUAUCCUUAUCGAGGGGUCAGUGGAUUUGACCUGACCUCCUCCUGACAUUGCAUAACAGCUGAACUGUGACCACCAUGGCGGACAGAGCUAACUUUGGGCUCCCAAAAAGCAACUCACGUCCUGUUGGCUCACUCCCUCCAGAGCCUAUUGACAUCAUCCGAACCAAGGCCAGAUCAAGAAGAGUCCGUAUCAAUGUUGGGGGGCUGGUCCACGAGGUCCUAUGGAGGACCCUGGACCGUCUCCCCAGGACCAGGCUGGGUAAACUCAGAGACUGUAAUACCCACGAAACCUUACUGGAGAUCUGUGACGAUUACUGCUUGACUGAUAAUGAGUACUUCUUCGAUAGGCACCCAGGGGCGUUCUCUUCCAUUCUGAACUUUUAUAGAACAGGAAAGCUUCACAUGAUGGAGGAGAUGUGUGCCCUGUCCUUUGGCCAGGAGCUUGACUACUGGGGUAUAGAUGAGAUCUACCUGGAGUCAUGUUGCCAGGCCAGGUACCACCAGAAGAAGGAGCAGAUGAAUGAGGAGUUGAGGAGGGAGGCUGAGACUCUCAGAGAAAAGGAUGGCGAGGAGCCAGAAGAAGGGUGCUGUCCGGACAAGAGACAAAAGCUGUGGGACCUCCUUGAGAAGCCUAGCUCUUCUCUGGCUGCUAAGUUCCUGGCCUUCGUCUCUGUUUUCUUCAUCGUUCUAUCAACAAUUUCAUUAUCACUGAAUACCUUGCCAGAGCUACAAGUCAUCGAUGAGUUUGGACAAUUCAAUGACAAUCCCAACCUAGCGCAUGUCGAAGCUGUAUGCAUCGCCUGGUUCACAAUGGAGUACCUCCUCCGCUUUCUCUCGUCUCCAGACAAAUGGCAGUUCAGCAAAGGUCCACUGAAUGUCAUUGACUUACUAGCAAUUCUACCCUACUAUGUCACUCUUUUCCUGACCGAGUCAAACAAGAGUGUUCUGCAGUUCCAGAAUGUCAGACGAGUAGUCCAGAUUUUCCGUAUCAUGAGGAUCUUGAGAAUUCUAAAACUGGCAAGACAUUCCACUGGACUGCAGUCUCUUGGGUUCACCCUUCGGCGCAGUUACAACGAACUGGGGCUGUUGAUAUUGUUCCUGGCUAUGGGCAUCAUGAUCUUCUCCAGUCUGGUAUUCUUUGCCGAAAAAGACGAAGAUGCCACCAAAUUCACUAGUAUUCCCGCUUCAUUCUGGUGGGCUACCAUAACCAUGACUACUGUAGGUUAUGGGGACAUCUAUCCACAAACUCUUCUUGGUAAAAUAGUCGGCGGGCUCUGCUGUAUCGCAGGAGUACUGGUCAUUGCACUGCCAAUCCCCAUCAUUGUCAACAACUUCUCAGAGUUCUACCGGGAGCAAAAGAGGCAGGAGAAGGCCAUCAAGAGGAGAGAGGCCUUGGAAAGGGCCAAGAGGAAUGGUAGUAUUGUUUCUAUGAAUCUGAAGGAUGCGUUUGCUCGCAGCAUGGAGCUGACGGACGUUAUGGUGGAAAAAGGGGAAGACAAACGGUCAAUAGACAACCACCUUUCGCCGAGCAGAUGGAGCAGCAGACACAGUAACACUGACGUGAGUCCAAAAUCCCUGGCGAGGUACAAAGAGGUUGCUCAACUGGGAUCUCCUGACAGGGCCAAUCCUCAGAGAAGCAGCCCACAGCACCUGAACGCCAAAAUAUUAGAGGAGAUGUAUAACAAGAUGACGACCACCGCCAACAUUGGCUCUGGAGCUCCACAAGCACAAGGACAGAAGAUCAGGGAGGAAAUGGAAAUGAGGGUAGUGUCUUCUGGACUUAAGCCACCCAAUAUUAAGGAAAGAGCCAGCAGUGACCUCAAGAGCCCAUCCAGUGCAGACAGUUUCACCAGCUGCACUACAGAGCUCAGUGUGGCAGAAAGCAGUGCUCUUCUCCCCAACAUAGCAGGGCGGAGGGCUCCUCCUCCCCUCAACCUCAGCCAGAUCACCUCCAUGGAACCAAAAACCCCAGAUGAUUUACAGUCAGCGAGAAUCAUUAAGGAGGGUCUCUAUGAGUUUGUCUCAAGCAGUUCAGAGGGAGCGUCACAAGGGGAAGAUAAUCAAAGCUUUGACAUGAGCAUUGAAAACAUCCGCAGUUCACUCAGAGGCAACAACCCCCAGAAGGCAAAAUCACUUAAAGUAAAUUUCAUUGAAUCUCAGGGGGAAAUCCCAUCCACACCUUCCAGUGCUAAUUCCCCUCAGUCUUUGUGUGCUAUUCUGUCUCCAUCAGGAAACCAACCCUCCCCAUCUACAGGCCAGGGCCUGGUGACCAGCCCCCAUGAUCCAGGACAGUCAGGCCAAGGAGAGGAUCCAUCCCAGGACUUAGAGAGUGAAGGUCAGCCUUCCAGCUUAAGCCAAAAGGGAAAUCAAAUGGACAGGUCUGCUGUCUUCAGCCCUUUGUCACCUAAAUCCCCCAACUGCACCACUAAGGACGUGCUUGUCACCGGCAAUGGGGAAGGAGAGGCAAGCAACAGCCAAAAGGAAAACCACAUAGUUCUGGACGGAAGUCUAUCUCCACCGUGUGAAACAAGCAUGUGACUAGUAUAGGUAUUGGUGGACUGUCAAUGAAAGAUGAAACAGAUUGUCAGUUUGCCUAGGGAGAAGAAGGUAGAAGAAGCACACUAUUGAACAAUACGUUGUCUGCACGGCUUGACAAGUAUCACUUCUGAAAACAUCACUGUUUCUGAAGACCUGAGAACUGCUGUUUGCUACAGACAUUGAACUUUUAACAGUGGAUUUUACUAUAAGGCUCCAAUGUGAGCAAAACAAACUUAGUGUGAAUGAGGACCUUUAUGUACAAACUGAACAUUUUGGUCCAGGACCUUUUAUGUAGAAAAGCUAUUAAUUGCAACAUAAUUAUUAUAUGAUGAUUUUUGUGCAGUGGUGGAAUAAGGACUGUGUGGAAAGACUGGCAUUUUUUUUUAUAUAAAGAACAAACAUCAUUUGUGGAGCAUUUUUGGAAAAGUAUCAGUGUCAUAUCAUAUUCUGUGACUAACAUUAAUUUGAAAAGUUUCAAUUCCAUCUCAUUUUAUUAUAUCUGUUUAGAUUUUGCAUUGUUUUCAGUCAAGUUAACCGAGAGUUGUACAGUAUGGAAUAAGCAAGAGUCUUUUUAGUUCAGGAAAGUGAUAUAUGAAAAUAAGCAAAAAGAAAAGAAAAGCUCAGUCAAUAUAAUAAUAAUCCUUAAACAUCGACCUAUGUGGAUAUAGUGCAAAGGGAAAAAUACUAUUUAAUAUUAGCCUGUUCAUGACUAUUUAUGAUUGUGUUUAAAACAUUAUUUUUGACUAUGUUAUAUUCUGUUCAUGGGACUGAGCUUAUGUCCCUCAUUUCUAGUUUUAGGUUGUGAUCAUGCAACUCUGCAUCCAUGGAGUGGAAAAUCGACAAACCGUAUCAGCAUUGCAUGGCACCUCGUGUAUUUACACAGUGGCAAAGUGAUUAAAUAAUGGCAUUAUACUUAAAAAUAUUACUAUAUUACUAUAAAGCAGCACCUCUGUCACAUACAAAUCAUAUCAACUGAAUUGUUCUUCAGGCAAUUCACUAAAAUGGACAUUGUAUUACUGCUGAGUACCAGAUCCAUUCUGAUAAAAGGAAUUCUGUGUUGUAUACUUCUCUUGUUAUUUAUGUUGUUAUAAUGCUGCCUUUUGCUUACAGAAGUGCAGAACAUGUGUUGGCUACAGUAUGUGUGUAUGUAUGUAUGUAUGUAUGCUAUUUGGAACCAAAACUGUGUUUGUCAUGGUUGAUGUAUCAAGUUUAAUUUGUAUUGUAUGGGAAUGAUUGUAGCCACAGACUUAUUGUACUGUACGUCUAAUACAGUAGCACUAAGCCAGAAAGUGUAACACUGCCCUCUAAAGACAGAGGAUGUUUUAAGGCACUUUAAUUAUUCCAAGUCAUGCUUAUCUCUAUUCCUCUUCAUUUUGAAGAAAGUAAAUGUGUUAUUAAAUUCAUUGUACAUUUUCAAGUAUUGCAUGGCUGACCUAUUCUGUAACGGUAAACACCCAAUCUCAACUGUUUCAGCUUAAAAAAAAGAAUGAUGACUAGUCUGAAAUGAAUCAUGAACGCCAAUCUGCUGACAAUCUCAAUACUACAGUAUAGUAAGUAUCUACUACUGUGCUUUUAUUCUAUUUAAAGUAGACUACUUAACCAUAUCAUGUUUUGUUGGUUUGCACGUAUGAUUGAUUCUAUUUUUCUAAGAUAAAAUGGAUCAGGACUGUAAUUAUUCCUGGUAAAAUAAUGAAUUGUGUGCCUUUUCAUAAAUAGAAAUUUAUGAGAAGGCGAAAACCUACAUAAUUUGGUUGGUUCAUAGAGAUCUAUAAAUAAUUAUAUUCUAGUAGUAAUACAUGAGGUGAUCAUAUGCAAAAGGAAUUGUACAGAGUUCUCAGGUUUUGUGUAACUUGAAAGCGUUGCCAUAUCAUGGCUUACUUUCACCUUUUAAAGUACCAUCAGUCUGUAAUGUACAGGACAGUUCAGCAGGCUCCCAUUAGUUCAUUAUAUAGAUGUCUGGGCAAACGGAGAAAUACUGCACUGACACUUCCUGAAAUCCCGUAAGAUCAUCUAGUAUCCACCACAUCAUCUGUAAAAUUACAAUUUCCAUUUGUAUUUUUGUUGUAAUUAUCUUACAUUAUUUUGUACAGUUAGCUUGGUCAUACUCAUAUCCUCAAAUGAAUACUGACAACUACAAUGUAAUGUAGUUUGCUGUAGGGUCAAUUCCUCAUAAAAAAAAACAUUCUGCCUGCUUUUUUGAUGUUCCCUCCAUCCCCAAUUUACUUUCAUUCUUUUAAAGGUUUAUGACCAUAGUCAUUAAUUGUAAGUUAACAUAACUUGAUAGUGAAUGAAUAGUAACUUAUUGUUUCCAAUAAGUUCAUUACCAUAUGCAAGACAAAUAAAAUGUGUUCAUGUGA